UUCUAGUUUUGAUCUCAAUGUACUUCAAGACCUCUGCCGUCGCUGCUGCUGCCGUUUUGGCCACCUCUGCUCUUGCACAAAGUGGAAACUCCCUUGUCGAUGUUAUCACUGGCAACUCUGACUUGUCUACUCUUACUGCUCUUCUUACCAAUGGAACAUUCGGUAACUUCUCCUCACUUGUCAACACUUUGAGCAACAGCACCAAUGGAAACUGGACCAUCUUUGCUCCAUCCAACAGUGCUUUCGAUGGCGUCCAGAUCACCAACUCCACUGAUCUUACAAGCAUCCUCAGCUACCACACUAUCAAUGGAUCACACCCUUCAUCUCAGUUCAAGGAUGGUUCCAACAUCGUCGCCACCAACUUGACCAACAGCACUUAUGACCACUUCCCCAGCGGUGGAGUGCCUGUCAAUGUCAAGGUUUCUGGCAGCGUUGUCAACGUCUACUAUGGUGCUAACUACGCUAACGUCACAUCGGCUGAUAACACUGCCAGCAAUGGUGUUGUUCAUGUCAUCAACGCUGUUCUCAUGCCUCCUAGCGACGUCAAUUCCACUGCUCUUCAAGCUGGCCUCGACAAGUUUGUCAAUGCCUUGAACUCUACCAACAGCACUGAAGGAAUCAACAAGAAGUCCGGAAUUACCAUUUUUGCACCCAACGAUGGCGCCUUCAGCUCUGACGCUCUUAGCAAGUACAACUCUUCUCAAUUGGCCAACAUCCUCGCUUACCACGUCGUCGAAGGUCUGUACUACAGCACCAACUUGACCAACCUCACCUCUCCCAUGAACAUCACCACUGAAGCUGGAUCCAACUUCACCCUUGAUGUCUCCGGUGGCUCCGUCAAGCUCACUGAUGUUUCUGGCAACGAGACUGCUCAUGUCAUCAAGACUGAUAUCUUGACUGAUAACGGUGUCAUCCAUAUCAUUGACGCUAUUCUUAUCCCCGCCCAGAACGCUUCCAGCGUCCCAACCAAUAACACCAACAUCACCUCCUCUUCCGGUGUUGGCUCUCUCUUUGAAUCAAGGGAAAUUAGCAGAAUUGCUGUCGCCAUGACUGUCAUGUCCGCUUUCGCUGCCUUGAUGUUGUAAAUCACUCAUAGGUUCAUUUUUUCCUAUAUAUUCUAUUACAUAGCAGAUUUUCUAAUUUCUCAAAAUUUAUAAAAUAAUUAUCGUCAAGAAUUUUGCCCAAAAUUCAAACAAUUCUAAAACGCUAGACUUUAU